CCGCAAAGCGUCGAUCUUGAGCGACGUCGCGACGCCUCGUCCUCACAAUCGUACGCGAGUGACACAUUGGAAUAUUUUUUUGAGUGUUUAAGUGACAGGCGAGUGCCGAGUUUCGGGAAAAAGGUGAGUCCGGAUUAGUGCACUUGUAAUUUUCCACACCACUGACCCAUGAUGUUCUUCCAAAGAUUCAUCUAAAUCUCAUGGAUGGAUAUUCUGGAACUUAACAAAAUCAACGCCACUCCACAGAAGAUUAAAAGUAGCCAAAAACAAUCCUCCAAAAUGAAGAUGAGCAAGGUGGGAAACCAGACGAACUCUCAAGACCCUCAAGCGGUGAAUUCGAGAGUUUUCGUCGGAAAUCUGAACACAUUCCAGUGCUCGAAAACGGAUGUGGAAAGGAUGUUUCAGCGUUAUGGCCGGCUAGCUGGAAUAUCGAUGCACAAAGGAUACGCUUUCGUGCAGUUUACGAAUCCUUUUGAUGCUAGAAGUGCCUGUUUGGGAGAGGAUGGCAGGACUGUUCUCAGCCAAAUCUUAGAUGUUAAUAUGGUGGCGGAACCAAAACCGCAUCAAACAGGCCGGAAACGACAAAACGUUGCCAAAACUGGAAACGAUUGGGACUACUACUACGACAGUUACUACGCUUCAACGUCAUUUCCUGUGGGCCCUUCGCGAUUGGUUCCGCCGAUAAAAAGGCAAAGGUUAAUGACAACUGCAAGAAAUGGCAAGAACAAUCAAUCGCAGAAAACGACGACCGUUCCGCCACUCGAUCAACUCAAAGUCUACAGCAACCAAGAUAUUUUGAUCUGCGGCAACUGUCGUGAAAUGUACACCGACUUGCACGAUUUACUCGAGCACAAGAAAACUUACUGCAAACUCCGUUUCACAUGCAAAUGCGACGCGAACAAGUCGAAAUCGCCGACUGAUGAUCAUUCUGCCGCAUCUCUGCUUUGUGUCCAAUGCAAAGACGCCUUCCAGAACGCUUGGGAUCUGAUGGUCCACGCUCAGGCUGCACAUAUGUUGAAUAUCUACGAGCUGGGAGUGCCAGCAUUGGCCAAUUGUGCUUCGCCACCUCUUUCACCAAGAGAUAACAACACGCCAGACAAAGAGAAUAAAACCGAGACGGCCCUCGACGGCGAAGAGGAGAACGGCGAGGCCGAUUUCCUGGAGAACGGUCGCGACGGCCUGACAGGAACCCCCGACUCUGCCAAUUCGCGCAACGACAAAGAACUCGAAGAACUAAUGGACGUCGAGUCCACGGCCAAGACUUGCAUAAUGCAUGCGUUGAGCAUUGUUAGCGCCCCCACGUCCCAACCCGGCUCUUCGCCGCCCCCACUCGCCGCCAUCGCGCCCCACACGGACGCCCCCUGGAAGCCCCAGGGACACACACGGCUCUCCCCCAAAAUACAGCACGAACCCUAUUAGUGGCAUUUUUCUCUUCCGGUGGCAACAAAUAGUGACAAGUAUCGGAGAUAACUGACGAUUUCUGUUCAGUUUUUUCAUCUAAGUACUUAUACUGGUUUUUUUCUCAUUUGGAAAAUUAUUUUAUUAAUUAUUAUUAUUAUUAUUAUUAUUACUGAUUGAUAUUUGUAGUGUGAACCCGUCUUUUGUCAGAUUCUCAGGAGAUUAGCGUGCAAUCAUGAUUCUUGAAAUUUGAACUCAAAGCUAACUAGUAGUCCGGUCAAAAAGUUAAGUUACUGUGAAGUAUACAGGGUGACCGUCUAAACCCCACAUUAGAAGUAUUGGUAGUUCUAAUGAUAGUCGUUUGAAAAUUUGCACACAACCAUAAUCUCUUAGGUCCUGCUCAAUGAAAAUAAUUUCAAGACGCUAUCAACUUUGGAAAUCAAUAUUUUUUAAUGCAUUUUUGGAUUGCUAGAGUUAUUUUAAGGUAGUUUUUAUAAGCUUUCCCUAUACCUAAAUUUAGUCGUUUACGAAAUAUUUUGGGUUUUAAUUUUUUUUUUGGAAUUUGCACCUUCCAGUUCAAAAAUCGAUAACUCUGCCAUUUCUAAAAAUUUGGAAAUAUUUUUUAGCUCAUUUGAAAGAGGAAGCUUAGAUCUAUCCUUUGGUGUUUUCAGAUUUCUAAAAAAGAAUCACAAACUCCAAAUUUUUAAAGUUAAGUUUGUAGAAAUUUAAGCACCCAUAACUCAAUUUUUUUCAAUGAAAUGCCACAAGUUUUUUUUCAUUAGAUCGUAGAGAAUUUAAUUCUGCAUCGAUCUGUAUUAGCAUUCCCUAUACUUAUGUUUAAUAGUUUUCAAGUUACAAUGACUUUUUGUUGGGAUUGAGAAAUUAAGUCAUAGGUUGCCAUGGAAAAAAUGUGAGAAAUUUAAGUUUUUUAAACAAACAUUUAAUGAAUUUAUUUUGUUUUUACAAGACGGACAACACAAUUUUGAACAGAGUUUGUCGUUUGUUUAAUCAGAAAUGUUUUCAUGGCAAACUAUGCAAAAAUAGCUGUGGUUAGUAGGAAAUUUUCUAUAAUGUCAAAAAAACCAACAUAACUUGAAAAUUAUCACAGAUAGGUAUAGGGAAUGCUAAUACCGAUCGAUGCGGAAAAAAAUUCUCCUCCAUCUAGUAAAAUAAAAAUUGGAACAUCCCAUUUGAAAAAUUUAAGUUAUGGGUACUUGAAGUUGUCCAAACUUAACCAUAAAAUUUUUGGGUUUGUUAACUUCUUUUCCAAUUUUGAACACACUAGAGAACAGAUACAGGCUUUCUCUUUUAAUUCUCCAAAUAUGGUUUCAAAAUCUCGAAAACUAAGAGAGUUACCAAUUUUUUAAGUGACAGGUGCAAAUCCAAAAAUUUUCAAAAAAUCUUAAAUAUCUCGAAAACGGUUAAACUUAGGUAUAGAAAAAGCUGAUAAAAACGGCCUUAAAUUAACUCAAAUAAUCCAAAAACGCAGUGAAAAACAUAGCUUUCCAUUUAAACAACAAAGUUGAUAGCGACUUCCGGUAUAACCGGAAGUGCCGCCAUUUUUAAAGUAUUUUUAUUGAGCAGAACUCAACGGAGUAUAACUGAAUACCAACUUUCAAUUAAUUUUUUAAUUGGAACUUUCAAUACUUGUAAUGUGGGGUUUAGACGGAACAGCCUGUAUAAAAAAUGUUUAGCCAAAGAUUUUUUGUUUCAUUCCACCUGAAUUUUUUUUUGGUUUUCUUUUAUGAAAAGUACAUAUAUCUAAAGGUUAGGAUGCAGAGAUGUACAAAUAAAACGUUCCCCUUCUCAGUAGUUCCGUUAAUGGCCGCCAGAGAGCGCAGUCUCUGAAACGAAAAAUUCUUUGACUAAACAGUAACUUUUAUCAAAAGUUCUGAUCGAGAUAAGGUUUUUUUGACUGGACUAUAGUGUAUAGAACUUUGUAAAUAUUUAUGUAAAGGAAAACAAUUUGACAUAUCAUAAAAUUAUUGUACUUUAAGAAAUUAUUGUUAAUCAGUGAAACUCCCAAAUCGGUUUCGGAGUUUCACUGAGUUUUUUUAAGUGUAAUAAUAACGAAAUUAGGGUUUUAGGUACCAUACUAGUGAAUGCUGUGUUGAAUUAAUUAUAUUUAUAAAAAUGAGAUACUAUAUAAUGAUAAUUAAUUAGACAAUUUUGCGAUCUACGACCAAAAUAACAAAAAAAAAACACUUUGAAAAAAUAAAUUUGUUGCCUAAAAUUUAUAAAUACGAUGAAUGAACAAAUCUAUAUUAUUAAAAACACGAACAAAAAGUGUGACUUGUUGUUUAAAAGAUAAUUUUUGCUUCGAUUGAAUUUUUCUAUAACUGUCUGAGCUAAUUCUUGGAUUUAUUUUCGAGUUGUGUUAGUUGUUACAAGUAGGACUAUAAAGUGUGAAUGACCAAUGUUCUAUGAAACUACAAUCAUGUUAAGGACAAAACAGUAUGAACUUUGCCUUGUGAAAUUAUUAUUCUUAGAGCUUUUUGUUUCAGAGUAUUGCUGACGACCAUGUUAUUUAUCUCUAUGUAUGUAAAGUUCUUGUCAUAAUGCUAGUUAUUGAAAAUAUAUGUCCUCCAUUGUA